GCUUCUUCUUCCCGCUUCCUCUCACUCUACUGCAGCCCCCAUUUUUUUUCCCCUGCUCUCUCCUCGGUUCCUUCGAAGCCCGAAGGCCAAAAAAAGAAAUUCCAAAUCCUAGCGCCGGAGAUCUCCGCGACCGAGAUCUCCACUCCCAUGGCCUCUCUCUGAUCCUCUCCUUUUCUGGUUCUCGGAAGAAACCGUAGCAAUGGAGAGGGAUCACUCCUCCGACUCCUCCUCCGACGAGGAGGAGGACCGCCGAACCCUCGUCCCCCAGAACGAGGUGAAGCCCCGGCACCCGUUCUGCGCCUUCGAGAUCGGCGACCUCCCGGCCCGGAUCCGCCGCGGCUUCUGGACCAGCAAGCGCUACCUCCUCGCCAUCUGCCUCCCCCUCGUCCUCAUCCUCCUCUUCUUCUCCCUCGACCUUGGUAGCCUCUUCAAUGGCGUCUCCAUCGUCCGGACUGACUCCCCUGGUGACCGGAUGCGGGAGUCCGAGCUCCGGGCGCUCUAUCUCCUCAGGAACCAGCAAUUAGGGCUUCUUAAACUCUGGAAUCAGACCCUCUCUACUGCUCAUUCCGGAUCCGAGGCCUCUCCUGCUACUCCUUCAGUUCCAUCCAACAGCUCCAAUUCCACCACUUCAGGUAAAGUCGUCGAUCUGCCGCAGUCCUUCAAGUCGGUCUCGUUCGCGGAGUUCAGAUCGGCAUUGCUGGAGCAGAUCAAGCUCAACAAACAGAUCCAAACAACUCUUCUUUCCGCUCAUCGGGUCGGGAACACUUCCUCGGAGUUGUCAGAUGACAAUAUGGGUUUCGAUCUAUCUGGUUCUGGAGUUGAUGUGUGUAAAAUAGUGGAGAGACCGAAGGAAAGAAAGACGAUUGAGUGGAAACCGAAGAAAGAUCGUUACUUAUUUGCGAUAUGUUUGUCUGGUCAGAUGUCCAACCAUUUGAUCUGCUUGGAGAAGCACAUGUUCUUUGCUGCACUUCUGGGCCGCACGCUGAUUUUGCCGAGCUCCAAAUUUGAUUACCAGUAUGACCGUGUCUUGGACAUUGACCACAUCAAUCAGUGCUUUGAUAGAAAGGUUGUGAUCACGUUUGAAGAAUUUUAUGAAAUGAAGAAGAAUAAGAUGAGGAUAGAUAGGUUUAUAUGCUAUAUUGCUUCGCCCCCUUGUUAUCUGGAUGAGGAGCAUACAAAGAGGUUGGAGAAGUUGGGAAUUUCGUUGGGCAAGAUCGAAGCUGCUUGGCCUGAGGAUGCCAAAUUGAAGACGCAAAAGAAGAGGGUUGUGGAUGAUAUCAUGCCCAAAUUCUCAUCUGACGAUGAGGUUCUUGCUAUUGGGGAUAUGUUCUAUGCUGAUGUGGAGGAGGAGUGGGUGAUGCAGCCAGGUGGUCCGCUUGAUCACAAAUGCAAGACGGUGAUCCAACCGAGUCGGCUCAUUAUUCUUACGGCGCAGCGUUUUGUGCAGACGUUCUUGGGGAGUAACUAUAUAGCUCUGCAUUUUCGUCGGCAUGGAUUCCUGAAAUUCUGCAAUGUGAAGAAAGAGAGCUGCUUUUAUCCCAUUCCCCAAGCAGCAGAGUGCAUACUACGGAUGGUAGAAAGAGCUAAUGCCCCUGUGAUUUAUCUUUCUACUGAUGCUGCUGAUAGUGAAACAAAUCUUCUACAGUCUAUGGUUCUGGUUAAUGACAAGCCAGUUCCGCUGGUCAAGAGACCAGAUCAUAAUAGUGCUGAGAAAUGGGAUGCCCUGUUAUAUCGAAAUCAUAUGGGCGGAGAUGGUCAGGUUGAGGCCAUGCUGGAUAAAACAAUCUGCGCAUUGUCAAAUGUUUUCAUAGGGGCGUCCGGUUCAACUUUCACUGAAGAUAUUAUUCGGCUCCGGAGAGGCUGGGAAUCUGCUUCCCAGUGUGAUGAGUACCUUUGCCAGGGAGAGCUGCCUAAUUACGUAGCCGAGCUGCAAUGAUGGAAGAGCCAUUUGGUUGUUGUGCCCUCCGUCACACCAUCACAAAUAUAUUCUUAGUUCGUAGUGGUUACGUGUAUAUUGAUGCGUCAAUUGAGUUUACGAUAGUAUUUUGUUCCCAAUGACCUUGAUUCAUUCUGCAGACUGCCCAUUUGGUUGUUGUGUUCAUUAGUGUAAUAGCAAUUCAUGACCAGCUUCUGUCAAAAGCUUCAUCAUUUUGGUGCAGCGGGCAACAAGUGUAUCAGAUCCUAGGGGGUGGAAUAUGUCUCUAUUAGAGAUGAUUUGAGCUUUAAUAACCUAGAUCAUCUCUUUCCUUAGUACUGUGAACAAAAUAUUACUAUGAAGCCUGUAUCAACUUAAAUUCACAACUUCAAUUUACGGCCUUUGUUAGCAACUUUUGAGGGCAAAAUUGCAUUUUUCC